GCUUCAGCGACGUCAGCGUGGCUAUGGGCCAGCGCAGGGGGCGCCUGCGCGGUGCUGGCCCUGGCAGCGGCGCUGGCUCUGUCGCUGUGCUGCCGGCGACAGGCGCCGCUCUCUCCAGACACCAGCACAUAUCAAAAAGCGUCGGCGUCGGCGGGUAUCAAACCCCCAGACCUGUGGAUCCACCACGACCAGAUGGAACUCAAACACAUUGACAAGAGCAUCCACAGCUCCGCCAGUAAGAUAUCUGCCGGCAGCGUGGACGGCGGCCUGGUGUCGUCCUCCCUGACCCUGGGCCGCGCCGGCCUGCCACCCGCAGAGUACGAGCCCGCGCGACCCCCGCCCCCGCCCGCCGCCUCGCUUGACCGCAGAUACGCGCCAGCCUAUGUCGCGAUGACGGGAGUUGGCGUGGGCAUUGGGAUGAGCGCGGGCUGCACGUCCACGUGUGAACGGCGGAGACACAUGCCCGACCAGAGUGCGGGGGCACUCAGCCCGCAGUCGUCGCUGGGGUCGCUGCACCCCGCGCACCUGCACCUCCCCGCGCACCCACCGCCGGCGCCCUGCGGGUCAGGGUCGUGUCCACUGGGGUCUGCGUGCUCGGCGUCCGUGCCCGUGUCGCACAUGGGAACGCUCACCUCGCUGUCCAACAUGGCGGGCCUGAGCUCACUGUGCGGGGGCGGGGCCAACAUGGCGCCCGGCAGUGGCUCCGAUGUGUACGCGACGGCCCUCAGCGCGAGAGAGAGGGGGCACUACGUGGCGUAUGAGCCUCUCGGUCAUUACACGCACCGGGACUCGGUAAGCAGCGAAGCAGGCGCGGGAGGCGCGGCGACGUCGGGGAGCGGGUCAUUGCCGCGGGGCGGGGCAGGCGCUAGGGGCGCCGCGCUACACAGCUUCACUCUUGACAACUCGUCCGAGCACUCCACUCCCUCACACUCUAAGGCGGGCAGCGCGCGCGACACGUCGCCCUACAAGAAGAGUGCCAGCUCGUCGCCGGGUCACGCACACAAUCGCCUCCAGCUAGGCGGGAGCGUGGCGCACUGCUCUUCGGAGCUGGAGCCGCUGACGCCGUCUCGUUCCACCGAGCGCCUGCAUCGCGACAUGCAGAACCUGGAGGGACUCAUGAAGGACCUGUCCGCCAUCACGCAGCAGCAGUUCCACUGCUGAGACACCGCGAGUCGCGACCCACGACACCUUAUGUGCUCAAACUAAUCGUGCAAUAGACAAUGGAAUUGAAAAUGGCGGCUCACUGUCACUGUGUCGACGCCAUAUUUUAAAUUUCCAAAAAUUUUAAUACGCUCAAGUUGUGUGUAUUUGUAGAAUACAACACCGACAAUUAUCAACAGUUAUUUUUUUUUCGUUUGAUAGGGUAUAUUAUACUUGUUCGUUCGCUAUAAAUAAGGGAGACGCCAUUUUUAGUCCCAAUUCUUAUCGCGCGACUAGAACGUUCCGGAUAGAGACUGCAGAGUUGGCGAACGCCGGUGUCGGAGAAUAUAUCAAAGACUAAACUGUAAAAUAGACAUUGAGUGUUAUUGUUGAACUUGUUUUGUUAUGUGGAGCUCACGUGACGCGAAAUAUCAAAUGAUUAAUACUUUUUGGCUUUAACAAGACUGUUAUAUUUUAAUUGUAAUACAUUUAGCGGCCUCGAGACUUACGAUACGUUCCUGGCCUACUACCAAAGUCCGCCGAUUUAUGGUGAGUCACUAUUCGUAAUAUACGAAGUAUUUUAUUUAAAAUUAUUUUACUUAUUUGUUUCUGAGUUGGAAGGCAACAUUUUUACUAGACGAGGCCAUUAAUUAAUUUUAAUGAAAUUUCGUUAAGCUUUAUUUUAUAAAACAAUCGACCAUUAGAUAUAAAAAAAGAACAAACAACGAUUUAUGUAUGUAUAUAUGUAACGUUGUUCUAAUGAAAUAGUGAAUUUAUAUAAGUUAUUUGCAAAUUUUAUAGACAUAUUUUAAAUGAUUUAAUUUUUAAUCACAUUAAACGAUUCAUUAUAGUUUAGAUAAGUUAAUUUACAAGUCGGUACCUGCUGACAAAUACUGCCAUACUAGUUGUUUAAUGAUUUGUAUAACUUGUAUAUUUUGUACGUAUAUAUUAUUUAUACAGACUGCCGAGCGAUCUUCGGUUCGUCUUAUGUGUGCGCAGCCAACACACUGUUGGCCAGAUUUAUUUAAACAGAGACUAGAGGAGGAACAAUGUACCACGAAUACACAGUGUAUACAUAUUUUGCCAACUUUUAAAAUAUUUGUAUAAAGACUUUUAUAAAACUAAGAUUUUGUAUAAACGCUUAACUUUUAGCUUUUUUCUAGUAUUUUUAGUAUUUCUAGAUGUAAGUAUCAGGUUUUUAUGAUCUAUGUACCUGUUCGAUUUGGAGUACGAUCGAGGAGAAAACUAACACUAAACUACGGUCACCUCUACUGUACCGAACAGAACCGUAUGUGACACACAACGCACCUUACCAUAAUAUAUAACAUCUCAUGAUUGUUGAUUAAUUAUAUAUAUGAAGUAAUUACGGAAUUUAAUGUUUCUCAAUUAUGUGAUCUCACUCAUUCUUUGUUUUUUUUUUACUUAAUUUAUUUUAAAAAAUGUGGAAUUCGAUAAAAAUAACGGCAUAUUAAGUUAUGAACCACAAAUAUUGCCACUCACUGUCUUGUCCAAAUGACACAUAAUUUCAACACCAUCAUGGUGCCUGGAACCUGAUCUGUCAUCAUAAAUUGGCGCUAAUAAUUAAAAGAUACGAGCUAAUAAUUAAUUAUAUUUUUUUUUUGAAGAAACACAGCAGAAACCUGUACAUUGACUUGACCUAUAUCAUAUACACAGGUGCCUUUAUCAGGGGGGUGCAACUUCCCUACAUUGGCACAUGAAAAAAAUUUGCAUUGAAAGUGCUGCCACCUAUUCUACUAGGUACGCUGCAACUUCACCACGAUGGCGAUAAUUUAACAUACAUGAUAGAUGGAUAGAUGGAGCUAGUGAUAGCAAAAAACUCACUUAACUUACUUAUUAAAGACUUGACUAUCGUGUUGUAAUCAUUGAAUGACUCUCUUUAUUUAAAGGUGACUGCUGAACUUAAUAAACGAAUAAUAAUUUCCAUCCACACAAAACAAACAUCAAUAAUCAAUAUGCAUUCAAUACGGUCUACAACAAUAGUAAAAAGUAAAAACUGUAAACAUAAUUAGCGCCAUCUAGCGACGGUACGCUAAGAGCGUAAAAAUAACGCAGCGCCAUCUCUUGGCCUGGGUACACUGAUUUUACAAAAUAAAACAUGAGUUGCACAUCUAUCUCUAGUAUAUAGUGUAUUAUCUAUGGCCUAUAUCAAGCCGCGCGUCGCGUUAGCGUCACCAAAUAAAAGAACACAUAAUAUUAGAACAAGGCGUCACGCACCACUCGUCAAGGUCAAAAUGGGGGCGCUAAGUUUUAUUCUAUUAUAAACUAUAAAUAUUAAAAUAAUCACACCUAUGGAAAUAUUAUAUGUGAAUGUAAUUGUUCUAUUUAAUAAAUUAAGACUUAUAACAAAUUAUUAGUUCGAUUUGCGAUUACCACGCGUCCAUUUUUAAGGUUUAUUAUAAUUUUAAUAUAUUUAUAAUCAAUUGAUAUUUGUGAGCACCUACUUACACUCAUGAGUACUAAAACAAUAAUUAGUGUGGAGUAUUUUGCAUCUAUAAUAUUUUUAAAGUAUGUUGCAAUACAUCGAUUUAUCUACUUCUCAAUGAUAGGUUAGUAUUAUGGCGCCUAAUUUUCAUAUUUUCACUUAAUUCUAGGUAUAUUGUAACAUAUAAGCAUUUAAUUAUACUUUUAUUGUGAUGAUUUAUAUUUCUUAAAAUUAAGUAUAUAAUAAUCUGAUUUCCAAAUGACUCUUGAUUAUUUAAUAGCUAGUAGGUAGGCUACAAAUCCUGUCUUCUUCACAAAUAGUUAGGCAUAUAUUAUUAUACAAUAUUAAUUAAAAAAUAACAGUUCCAAUAGUAAGGUCAUUUCGGCGUAGACCAUCAAUCGGUGAAGACCGCCUAGUAAGAAAUACAACGAAUUUUUAAUAGCUAGAUACAUACAUGGCAGCAAAAUGUACGAAAACAUAAAACUAUUCUUGCAACAAUAAAUUGACAUUGAUGGCGUUAUAUAAGGCACAUAUAGUCGAGUCAGUAAGGAUUUUUGCCCUACAAAAAUGAAAUUCAUUAAGGCUGGCGACUUUGUCAUUUUUAAUGGAGUAAGCCCGUUGCUGCCAACUUUCCAACCCCAGACUUCCGGAUUUUUUUGGAUUCCGUACUAUUUCUGAACCUAGUGAUAUGUCCUAUACGCAUGACGUCGUGCAGUAUCCUCCGUUGGGGUAAAGUUGCAAGAUUGGGUUUGCUUUUUAUUGUUGCUUUCACGAAACGUUGGUAGCGAACUUCUUCCAAGGCUUCCUUUUCCAUGUUGCCACCAUACAAAGCAUUGAGAAAACAUGCUCCAGCAUCUGCGAUGUGUUCUUUUUGAGCAUCUUUAUCUCUGAAGAUACUAAUAAUGUCAUAGAGUCUUGAAUUUUUCUGUAUAAGCGAACAAAAUUUCGUUUUUCCUUGGUUGAAGAGGGUCGUGUCGUGUCGCAUCAUGUAGAAACAAGAUGUUUUCAGCUGCUUCUUCAUGUUUCAAACUAUUCCCAGAAUACAGUCUUUCAGCAGUGUUUCCCUUCCCAGGUUUGCGAGCGUAUAUUUUUUUUUGGGAUGGCGCUAAUGCUGUCAGAAAAACUAGAAGAUCAACGUUUUCACCAAUGACGAAAACAGCAUCGAAAGUUGAGCAGUGGGAAAUUGCUGUUUUGAUAAUCAAAAGAUAUAUGCAUCUUCCUCGGCCUAAUUAACUGUAAUAGCAGCUUGUUCAAUUUUUUUUGUUAGCAACGAAUUCAAACGGGCUUUAUUUAUUUUAUUGCCUAAAAAUGGUUCUUGCGAAACUUGAGCUGACAUUGUUUCAUCGAAAAGAACAUCCGCAGAUAUCUGAUUCUUCGAUCGACGACAUCUUUCUGCACUCUUGCUACUUUUAAAAUUUGACAUAAUGUCCAUUUUCGCAUAAACUGUCUAUCAAUAGAAAAUUUUCCCAUCAUACGGCCAAAUCCGACGUGAUAGUUAAAAUCAGUCAAUUUCGCCGAUUUUUUUAAACUAGUUUUUUUUACAAACCGCUUACGUUAAGGUAAACUUGUACGAUUUUUUUUUCAAUAGUAGACUAAAAAUUUGAUCACCUAAUAUAAUAAAACUGAUCUAAAAUAUUAUAGAAGUGGCCUAGUUUGAUCAUUGAAUGAAAAUUUUAAUGAAGUAUGCCGGUCUCCGACGAACUGGCCUUACCUUAUUCUACCUAUUUAAACAGUGAAAGACGUCGUAACUUGUUAUUUUUUUAAAUCACACAAUUAAUGAACAACUUGUAACCUAAGUCAGUUAUAGUUAGGUACCUAUUGUUGAUUGCAAUACAAUCUUUUGAUAAUUUUCUUAAAUGAUGGCGUCACUGUUGGUCGCGAGUUGACCUUCAAAAACUUUUCAUUAUAAUGAGAAGUAACAAUUUGUGAAACUAACAUAAUAUGUCGAUGAUUUAAAAAAAAAUAUAAGUAUUUACUUACUUACCAGAAACAAUUUAAUGUCUUAUUUUAAAUACUAGUGUUGAAACGAUAGACUGAUUUAUUUUGUGUGUUUAUUUAUUUAUACCUAUACCUACUUUAACCGUAUUUUGUAGACUCUGGAGUAUUUGUUAUAUUAUGUUUAUUAGAAGAGUUGUUCCAUACUUUACUUAAUUAAUAUGUUAUACAAGUUAUUCCUAAUAGAAACAAAUUUUAGAUUACGAACUUGAACAGAUAUCAAAUAAUGUGUUAUGUUUUUUUAAAGUGAUAACCCUCACUUCUAGGAUUAAUACACAAAUAAAAUUUUAAAAACAAAAUUUUAUGAACGAUGCGAACCUUGGACGGUUAGCUCAGUUGGUUAGAGCACCGGCACGGAACGCCGGAGGUCGUGGGUUCGAAUCCCGCAUCGUUCAUAAAAUUUUGUUUUUCAAAUUUUAUUUGCGAUAUCAAAUAAUUAAUGAUCACAAUAUUUUCGUGUACAAAAUCAUUCAAUUAGUUAUUGUUAACAACACAGUCAUACAUUUGACACGCGAUUCUAAUCGAUAUGAACAUACAACUAAUGAUCAAAUAUAACACUACCUGUGUUGGACGCUAAGAGGUGACAUGACAUAGUACAUCGUGAUACAAGGGGAGAAAGUAAAUGAUUGCAAACGAAACGUCAUCAACAAACCUGAGCCAAAAGCGAGGGUUUUUAAUAACACGAGUUUGCAAUAACCUACACACCCGAGUAUCACACGACGUUUUUCGAUACAGUUGUGGGAAAUAGUAAAAAACCAGUGAAAUAUUUAAAUAUAUACAUGUUUAUUUCAACAUGCUUUAAGAAAAUGUCUUGUGGCUCUUUUUUUACAACUGGACUUUUUUUUAUAACGAAACUAUUCAAUGGAUUCUCUCGCGUAUACAGCCCAUAAGAUUUUUUACAAAUAUUGAUGUGAAAAUAAUUAAAUUAUAACUGGUAAUUAAAUAUGCUAAAAAACCAUUUAAAAUAAUUUUGAGAAAUCAAUGCCAAGACUUACGGACUCAUUAAUUUUUCCUCGUAUAAAAUCUAUCCGAUUUUGUUGCAUUUAUGAAAACUCCUUGCUUUUUAACUUUUUAAAUUGACUUAUAAAUUUAAGAUAAACUUAACGGGGGUUUUUCUUGUAAUCGAGUAUAUUAAAAAAUUACUUAAUUAUUCUCUGUCUUGUUAACAAUGCUCUAAAUAAAUAAAACUAAAAAAUUAACUUAUUUUAAAACUAAUGGUCGAGAUCGUAAAAGAAAGUUACGCGUAAAAGGAGAUCCCUUUGCAAUCGAUUUAAUUUUCGAAUCUUAAUUAUUAAAGCCUCUGAAAGUACACCAUUAUCAGCAACUGUAUUGAAAAGUAUUAAAGUAUGUAUUGUGACAUAGAGUGGGCAACACGAACGAAAUCGAAAUUGUAUUUGGUACUAAAUUGGCAAACAAAUCUUUUAAUCAUUGAUGAUAAUUUUGACAAUAUGCAUUGGAUAGCUGAUAUACGCACCCUCUAAUUAAUUUAGUACUUGUAACUAUAGCGCCAUUAUCGCUUGAGUUUGGAUCAACUUAUUGAACAAUCCGUCAAUGACCGCUAUAUGUCACACUUAAGAGCUUUCGCACUACGUCCGAUCUGAAUCCGAUCCGUAUCCGUGAAAACACGGUCCGAAGUAGUCGUAGAACUAUUUCUAUGGUAGUUUACGCACUAGAUUCGGCGUCCGUCAACGUUCUUUACGUCAACUGUUAGUAAUAGUUGUACUGUUUUUCACGGGUACGGAUCGGAUUCGGAUCGGACGUAGUACGAAAGCGCUCUAAAUCUCUUUGGUUAUAUGAUAAUCACUACAAAGCGUUACCUAGAGUAAAAAUAUUCUUUGGCGUUACCUCACAAUCCACAACUGCACUCACUGGAGUUUUGAUUGACGUAGUGUGGCAUCGCAGUGUUGUAAUAUUCACAAAAAGGACAGGUUUAAUAUCUAUAAAUAAACAUUUACUCUCCCGAACUGCAAUUUUAAUUUAAAUUUUUGUAUAUUUUUCAUAUUCUGUGAAGGAUGUUGAUGAAGAGCGAAAUAAUAUCGAGUACUGACAGAUUGGUCACGUGACAGGUGUCGUGCUAUGUACCUGGUGCACGGUGGUACUCUAGGAUGUAAUUAACUAGAAUAAUGUUUAGAGUUUUGUAAGUUUGUAUAAAGUGGAGCACGUGUAUAUUUAUCAACAAUAAACUUAUAUUAUUUAUUGA